AUGCAACAACAAUACAACUUCUAUGUAAGUAGAGGACGUGUUUAUGAUGCAUUGCAAUAUAAGAUAUCAUAUGACCAAUACUACAAUGAUGUACAAGUAGAUAUCGCAGCAUUAAUAUCCUUACCCCUUAACCCCACAGACAUAUCUAGCCUUCUACAUGCAACAACUUCAAAUCCAGAUCCCAUUGAUAUGAGCUUCAUGCAAGAAAAAAGUACAGGAGAUGAUCCAUUUGAAGAGAAUUUGGAGACAACUACUUCAUUUGUGGCUAACCUUCCACCGUCAUGCAGAGAGGUCGAAGAAGUACGCUCCUUAUUACAACUAGGCAAAGGAAGACCACCUCCUAUAAUCCAAUGGCCACCCAUCUCCCCAUUUCCCAUUAAUGAAUACAACACUGAAGGAUUAUUUGUGAUGUCAUUCCCCACUUUGUUCCCAAAGGGUAUAGCUGCAUUCAAACAACCACGUCCCAAAGAUGUUAAGCUACAUGAGUAUGCUCUCCAUCUCCUGCGAUACCAUGAUAACAGGUUUGGACAACACCCACGAUUUAGGUACUUUAUAUUGAAUAUAAUUAUGCGGCAUCAAAGUCAAGCCACAUCAUCUAUUUUUGUUCAAAAGCAAAUCCAUGAUGAACUCCCUGCAACAAUUGGUGCCCUUCAUCAAGGAUUAAAGGACUUGCCUGAUGACAAGCUUGCUGAUCAACUUAUGCGUUUUAGCUCAUCAAUUCGUGCAGAUACAAAAUGGCCAGACUUACAUACAAUCAUGCCAUCCACCACACCAACAAAUCCGUAUGCGGCUUCAAAGUGGCGGAUACAAAAUAUAGUUCAAAACCCCCACCUUACUGCACUCUACAUGCAUCAUAGAUUCACAGCAUUUCGUGCCGAGGUCUUGGAAAAAUUUCUUGGCGCAACUGACUACUGGUACAGGUAUGAGUGGCAACAUAGAGGCUCAGCACAUAUCCAUGGUUUCAUUUGGCUACAAGAAGCACCAAACAUUGAUAAAAUGCAGUGGAAUCACAUUCCAUCAAUACAAAAUGCACUACAGUACAUUGAUAGAUAUGUCUCUGCAUGGAAUCCACGAGCACUGGACCUUAGAAACCAAACAUUCCAUCGAUCAAUUAUUGAUGAUCCUUGCUUGAUGGACACAACAAUGAUUCAAUCAAGUGAUGCUUCAAAUGACUAUUGUGAGUUGGUCAAUUCUGUUCAACGACAUACAAAGUGUACUGCCCAAAGUUGCCUCCGAAGAAAGGGCACAACUCUUCUAUGUCGUUACAAAGCCCCUUGGACCAUUCAAGAAAAAUCUACUCUUUCAAAUGUUGAAAAUGGCCAACCGAAACACACCUCUGCUCGCAAUGAUGACCGCCUCAAUCUUCACAACCCAUUCAUACUUUCUAUAUGGAGGGCCAAUGUAGAUUGUCAACCGGUUCUCUCAAUAGAUGUUGUGAUCAAAUAUAUUGCAAAAUAUGCAGCUAAGCUGAAAACAAAUCUGAGACAUAUCAUCAAAUGUUGUCUCGCAUUUCAACAAACUUUGAGCCUGAUAAACCAGCUCCUAAUGCUUUUCGAAAAAUGCUUGUAG